AUGAUAGACUUAUUUGGAAGACAAAGACAGUGCCUGCGUAUAAUGGGUCAUCAUUUUGUACGUGAUAAAUCGGUGUUGUUAAGGAAAUGGCGCAACAUUGUAUAUUUUGGUGUCCUAAUGUUGGUCAUGUCGGCCCAAUGGCCCAUGAUAAAUUAUGCCAUUUAUUAUAUUGACAACUUGCAAUUGGCAACGGCAAGUUUAAGUAUUUGUUUCACCAACAUACUGACUGUAAUAAAAAUUACAACAUUUCUUAGCUAUAAAUGGCGUUUUGUUGCUUUGAUGACAAAGUUGGAAACUAUGUAUCAGGAAUUGAAAGAUUCAGCUGCCAAAACAAUUUUAGAAACUGCAAAUCGUUCAGCUAUUAUGGUGGUUAAACUUUAUUGGAUGUCUGUUUGCAGCACUGGCACCUAUUUUAUGAUGUCUCCAGUCCUAAAAAUUUUAUGGUCAAAAUUUCGUAAUACAAAUGCCGUAUGGGAGUUACCCAUGCCUAUGAGAUUUGCCUUCGAUUUUGAGACAUUUCCAGGUUACGAAUUUGCCUAUAUCUAUACUGGUUUAGUAACUCUAUCUGUUGUUAUGUAUGCUGUAGCCACUGAUGGCCUAUUUGUAUCAUUUGCGAUAAAUUUAGUAUCACAUUUGAAAAUACUACAAAAAUCUAUUGAAAAUAAUACAUUUUUAAAAUCCGACGAAGAACUACACAAAGAUCUGAAGUCUUAUAUUGAAUAUCAUAAUUUAAUAUUAAGUUUAUAUAAUGAACUACGUGAUAUUUAUAGUCCCAUAGUGUUUGGACAAUUUCUGAUGACUUCAUUGCAAGUGUGUGUGAUUGUUUAUCAAAUGGUAACACAUAUGGAUACAAUUUUGGUGUUAAUUAUAAAUUGUACAUUUUUGACUUCAAUUUUAUUGCAACUUUUCAUAUAUUGUUAUGGCGGUGAGAUUCUUAAAUUAGAGAGUCUCAUGGUUGGUAUUUCAGUACAACUAUCAAAUUGGUAUAAUUUGAAGCCAGCACAUCGUCGCAUGUUGGUCUUGUUGAUGUUACGGUCGCAACGUGAAGCAAUUAUUAAAGCCGGUUUUUAUGAGGCAUCUUUGGCCAAUUUUAUGGCGAUUUUGAAAGCUGCCGUUUCAUAUAUAACACUUAUACAGUCUAUUGAGUAG